GGAGGAGCUGUCUGACAGUGGGAGGGGCCAGAAGAGCCACUUCUCACCUGUGCUGAUGGGUGGGACACCAGAGGGACAUAGAAGCUGCUGAGGGAGCUCAAGAUUUUAGUCUGUCCCUGCUUGAUCCAGAGAAAACAACCUUUGUUUUGGGCUGCGAGGAACUGCUGCUACUACAAGAUGCAGGAAGCCACCAUAGCCGCCUUCUUGAUGCUGACAGCUCUGCCUGGUCUCCAUGCUACGGGUCACCCAGAUAACUCUCAGCUCUACUAUGACUAUGAAUCUCUGAAGAUUGGGGGUCUUAUUGUAGCUGGUGUAUUGUGUGCUAUGGGAAUCAUUAUACUACUGAGUGGGAAGUGCCGAUGCAAAUUCAACCAGAAGCAGGAUAUCAGAAACCAAGCUCAAGAGCAGCAGCUUAUCACUCCAGGGAGCGCCAGUAACUGCUGAACCACUUUCUUGCCAUGGACCACACUCUAACACCCUAGGACCCUUGAAGACUCCCACCCCCGUCCCCUUUGUUUUGUACCAUACUUCUAAUUUUUAUGGAUUCUAACUCAAUAAAGGUUUUUUUUUGUUUUCA